AUGGAUCCCUUCAAAGGUCAAGGUGGCAUUCAAAUGCUUCUAACUGCUGAACAAGAAGCUCAACAUAUUGUUUCUAAUGCAAGAAAUUUGAGGACUCAAAGGUUGAAGCAAGCAAAAGACGAGGCUGAGAAGGAGGCAGCUCAAUACAGAUCUCAAAUGGAAGAAGAAUAUCAAAAGUCACUUUCAGAGACAACUGGGAGCUCUGGAUCAAAUGUUAAAAGGCUUGACCAAGAGACAGAUGCUAAGAUUAAAGACUUAAAGAAAUCAGGUUCAAAGGUCUCAACAGAAGUUGUUGACAUGCUACUCAAGUAUAUUACAAAUAUUAAAACAUAAUAAGUGAUUGAUGAAGAUACCAACAUAAGAAGCCAUCAUCUACAAUAAAACAAGUAUAGCUACGAAGAAGGUUCAUUUGAAGAUUAAUUAUUUGCUAUCACUUUGAGUUACCAUUGCAAAAAGACUUUGCUACAAAC